AUGGAUUUAUCACUGGCUAGUCAGUACUUGGGCCAGCUGCCCGCUGGCUUCGAUCAAUCGAUCUGGGCUCAAUAUAGCACUCGGAAGACUGCUGCUAUCAUUGGCGACUUCAAUAGGACCGCUUUGGAGGCUCCCUGGGAAGCAAAUGCAACGGACUCAUCUCUUCGGGCUGCGAAUGACUUCCUCAACACAACCGACUUUGUAGCAUUCGACCCAUCAUUCUUCAACUUGAUUGGGUCUGAAGCGAGAGUCGAGCACGUCUGGAACCCAGCGAACACGACUAUCCACGAAGCAUCAUGUUUCAUUCCUGAGCUGAACUCGCUCUACUUUGCGUCCUGGGGCUUCAACCACGAUUGGCAGUUCCUUCUCAAUGCCACGACGAACGAAGUCAAGCAAAUAACGACGGAUCCUCCGGUCAUCAACGCACAUGGGUGUCAGAUGUACAAUGGAUCUCUGUACAUCACCACGGACGGUGGCGGAGGCACCUACGCGUCAGUCGUGAAGGUCGAUCCACUUACAUGGAAGUCGGAAGUCAUUUUGAACAACUUCUACCAGCAACCUUUUCGGGGUUUUAACGAUCUCGACAUUGACCCACAAGGCAACAUCUGGAUGACGGACUCUUCCUCCGCAUGGAGCAACUCCCUCACUGACUUCGCACCCGCGACCUCACCGGCGGUCUACUUCCUCAAUAUGACCACGCGAGCCGCCAAAUGGCUCUUCGAAUCACAAGGCAACGUCAAUGGCAUCGCCUACGGUCCCUCCGGUACCCUGUACGUCGACGUGACAGACAUUUCCAGCGGGCGGCCCAAGGUUCUUGAUCCCACCGAGUCGCGGGCUCUGUGGUCGUUCGACACCCGCGGCGGUAGACCUCAGCUGCACGAUCAGGUGCUGUUCUCAAACCCGAUUUCGAGGUACUAUGAUGGUGUCAGGGUGUCGAGGAACGGAUAUGUCUGGGCGGCGAGUGGAGAUGGGCUAGACGUUAUUGAACCUGUUGAUGGAACUGUCAUUGGGAGAGUGAGGGUCGGUGGCGGAGCGUUUGCUCCGGUCAAUGUCGCAUUCGAGGAUCACGUGCUAUGGAUUGUGGGCAAGGGUGGUGUGUGGAAGGUUGAUGGUGUGAAGGAGCGAUUGGCAAGGGAUUGGUGA